AUUUCCAUGUCAUAUAGCACCUACACAUCACAAGAAUAACAAUGUUAAAUUACAUGUAACUUCCAUGUUAUAUUGCCGCUAUAAAAUGUGUUCACUGGGCUACAUGCCGCGCGACAUGCACGUAAAUGUCAGGGACACGCAAGCAAUUAGUGCGCACACCUGGAUCAAAAUACUUCUUUUCAUUUUUUAUUUAUAUUCUCCAGACAAUAAACCUUUUCCAUUCUCGUCCUAAAAUUUAAAAUCCAUACAAUUAAUCCGUUUUUAAAAAGAUAUAAGCAAUACUAGAAAAAUUUUAUAGGGCAAAAAAAGAAAAGAAAGAAAGAAAGAGAAAGAACUGAAAAAUCGAAAAAUAAUACGCAGAAGGAAAAGUGUACAAUAUGGUACGAAAGUUCGUUUCUCCUCUUUUUUUCUCUCCUUUCUCGCAAGAGCAAUUUCGCGAAUGUCGACUCGUUUUGUGCAAAUAAUAAAAUCGAUAUAUACAUGUCAUGGCACCAGGAAAUAUUGAUCAAAGCGGCCGCUUGGCCGCUGACAGUAUGCGUCCGUAGCGAUCGCGGUAGUUAUGUGCGGAGGAACGCUCGUUGCACGGGCGUUGCGGACUCAAAACUCGGUGAGGUUGGGCUUUCUCCUGCUGCUCUUUUCGAUCGCGCAUCUGCCGUUGCUGCGACACGCCGAUGCCAAGAUACUCCAGGGUGACCUGAUAACACGCGAAAACUGGGCAUUCCUAGCAAGAUUUUGUUUUUUAACUGAGAGCGGUACAUUUCGGUACCACUUUGAGCUAAGUGGAGAAGAACGCAGCUUGAACGUGCUGCUGUACUACGAUGGACCGCAUCAAUGGCCCAGCGUCUACCCUUCCAAUAAGACGUGUCGACAAAAGGAGAGUAUUCUCAACAUCGACUACGGUCAAAUAAUACCGCUGAACACGUCGAUGCGCUUGUCAUCGGGAUGCGAGGAAGGCGACGACGGUAUAGUCCGAUGCGACAGCCAGAGAAGAUUCAUUUCGGCUCGGCCGAGAUGGUGGUACAUAGUUUUAGCCGAUUGCUCUUCCACGAAAGGCCUAAAUGUCACGUACUGGAUAUCGCUGACCAACGCGCAGCCCGGCACAUUCUGGAAGGAGCACUUCUCCGCAGACGAAUUCUAUAUAUUGCCGCUGCUGAUACCGACCGUCUGCAUAUACAUGAUAUUCGUCGGCCUCAGUUUCUACAUAUCGCUGCAACUGCGCGCCAGGAGGUUACUGCAUAUAUCAUAUAAACUCUUCAUCGCCUCUUUGCUAUGUCAAUUACUGGGGGUAUCGUGCGAGCUUUACAGUUACGUUAAUCUCGGUCUGCGAGGAGCACCGGUGUUGACCGCUUAUCUGUGGGGCCAGCUCUUGGAAGGAGCCUCUGAAAUUCUGUACACCGUUCUUAUGCUGCUGCUCGCUCUCGGUUACACGGUCACCAGAAGUGUCCUUACAGCGUCACAAGUUCGAUGGCUGAUACUAUUUGUCAGUGUUACUUCCCUUUGUCAAUUGUCAUUGUGUGGUUAUCAAGUUGAAGAAUUUGAUCCGGGAUUGGUGUUGUACAUUUACGAGUCACCACCGGGCUAUUGUUUAAUUGCGCUGAAAUUGAUCGGCUGGUUCGUGUUUAUCGCUCGUUGUGUUAAGACUAUCAGAAAAUUGAAUACAAAGCUCCACUUUUACUCCUCGUUACUUUUAUUGGGAUCUGUGUGGUUCCUUUUUCACCCAGUAACGGUAUUAAUCAACACGGUAUGCGUGGACGCAUGGGUGAGAGAGAGUAUGGCCAAAGGAAGUUCCCUCAUCAUUGUCUUCUUGGGUCACUUAAUGUUUUUAUAUGUAACUCGACCAUCUGUGAAUAACAAACGUUUUCCAUUUCAUAUUAGGACGUUCCAAGUUGUGCCCAUAGGUGGUCAAGGACAGGAUCACAGCUACGAGCCUGGUCCUCGAACUGCAGUUACAGCAUUUACUAUCGCACGGACACCAGCUUACAUUAGUCAACCACGAUAAACGUAGACAAUAGAAAAAUAGAAAAAAAUAAAGAAUAAAGAUGUGCAACCACUGGUGGAACGCACUGUUACACAGCCACUAUUGAAGAAGAAAAGUAACUUCGGGUAGAUACUAAAAGAAAAUUUUUAUAAUGUCAGUAUAUUUUUUUACCAUACAUGGCAAUGAAUGUGCACAUUUUUGCAUUGUUAAAAAUCAUAAUUUAUAUAGAAUUAAAAUUUAUAUGGAAUAAUGUUGAUAAUAUCAAAUUGCCGGGCAAAUUUUUUGUAUGUAAGUAGUUUCCUUAUAUGAUCUCUAUACCAUUUUUUCUUCUCAUCACAGAUAUUUAUAAUAAAGUGCAUAAUGUAAUUUUA